UUGAAAAUGCUAAGUUUACGAAAAUUGCUUUUAUUUGUGUUAAGCAUUUUUAGAAUUUUCGAUAACAAAAGAGAAGUUAAGAAUACAUUUGAAGAAGAAUAUGACUACAUUAUUGUUGGCGGAGGUUCAGCUGGAGCAGUACUUGCAAAUCGUCUUUCUGCAAAUCCUAGAAAUAAAGUUCUGUUAUUAGAAGCUGGCAGCAAUGAGAAUAUUAUUACGGAUGUUCCUUUAUUUUCUAUUGCUUUAGAAGGAACUUUUCUCGAUUGGAGCUAUUUUACAGUACCCCAGAAAUUUUCCUGUUUUGGUUUUGAAGAAAAUAGAGCAAGAUGGCCAAGAGGUAAAGUUCUCGGUGGUUCUAGCGUAUUGAAUUUCAUGCUAUACGCCCGAGGAAAUCCUAUAGACUAUGAUAAUUGGGCUCGACAAGGUGCUUACGGUUGGAACUGGCAAGAAGUCUUUCCAUAUUUUCUGAAAUCUGAAGAUAAUACGGAUAUAAAUGUACUAUCGAAUGGAUUUCAUAGCAUAGGUGGUUUUCAAACAGUUUCUGGUCCAAGAUACGCAACACCUUUAAGGGAUGCAUUUUUGGAAUCAGCAAAAUUACUUGGUUAUCCCAUUAAAGAUGUUAGUGGUAUUACUCAAACAGGAUUUUUUUACCCUGAAUCUACGACCAGAUUUGGCUGUAGAUGCAGUACCAAUAAGGCAUUUUUAAAUCCUAUCCGACAUCGCUCUAAUUUAUCCAUACAUUUAUUUUCUUUCGUUACAAAGAUCAUUUUCGAUGAUUUCAAGAGAGCUAGAGCUGUUAUUUUCGAUCGGUUCAAUCAAAAGUAUAAAAUUUAUGCUAGAAAAGAAAUAAUUAUUUCAGCUGGUUCAAUUAAUUCGCCUCAGUUGUUAAUGUUAUCAGGCAUUGGAAUUAAAGAAGAUUUAGAAAAACUGAACAUUCCUGUGAUAUCGGACCUUCCAGUAGGCCUUAAUCUUCAAGAUCAUAUUCAUCCUCUAGGAUUAGAUUUCUUAAUAGAUAAACCUGUAUCUAUUAUGUUUCGUCGUACAUUUAAUCUAUUUAACUUCGUUCAGUAUUUGAAAUUUGGAAAAGGUCCAUUAACGAUAAUUGGAGGACAAGAAGCUGUCGGAUUCAUCCAAACUCGAUAUGCAAAUUUUUCUGACGAUUAUCCAGAUAUUGAGCAGCUGUUAAUAUCUGGUAGCCUGACUUCUGAUGGAGGAGAGUUUUUAUUUCCUGCAUUUAACAUAAAUAAAGAUGUAACAAAUGAUAUCAACAAAAUAUUCAAAGCUCUUCUUAAUCUUAUCGGCGUUAGAAAUGCUGCUACAGAGAGUAAAUCAAUAAAUGAGCCGUUUGAUUGCCAAUACGUAAUUGCAGAGAAAAAGCCUGCGUUAACUUCUGUUAUUUCUGGUUUCAAGAUUAGAAAAGGUACUACAAUAGGUAGUAAAGUACCUUUGCUUAGAGAGAAAAUCUACGAAUUUUUAGAAAGGUUGAUACAUAUUGCUUUGCCAAGGGAAGGAGACAUUAGAGGAUUUAGUGUAAAGACUGUAAUGAUUCCUGUGAUAUCGGACCUUCCAGUAGGUCUUAAUCUUCAAGAUCAUAUUCAUCCUCUAGGAUUAGAUUUCUUAAUAGAUAAACCUGUAUCUAUUAUGUUUCGUCGUACAUUUAAUCUAUUUAACUUCGUUCAGUAUUUGAAAUUUGGAAAAGGUCCAUUAACGAUAAUUGGAGGACAAGAAGCUGUCGGAUUCAUCCAAACUCGAUAUGCAAAUUUUUCUGACGAUUAUCCAGAUAUUGAGCAGCUGUUAAUAUCUGGUAGCCUGACUUCUGAUGGAGGAGAGUUUUUAUUUCCUGCAUUUAACAUAAAUAAAGAUAAAUUAAAAACAACUNCUGUUUUACUUCGUCCUAAAAGUCGUGGAUAUGUGAAAUUAAAAAGUGUUAAUCCUUACGAUCAUCCUAUUAUUCAUCCUAAUUACUUUUCACGUUAUGAAGAUAUUUUGACGAUGAUCGAGGGAAUGAAAACAGCCAUUCAGUUGGGUUUAUCUGAAGCUUUCCGCAAGUUUUCAGCUCGGUUUUAUACAACACCCGUUCCUGGCUGUGAGAAAUUUUUAUUGUUAAGUGAUUCGUAUUUAGAAUGUGUUGCUCGAUCAUUUCCUGCUACGUUGUAUCAUCCGGUGGGAACAUGCAAAAUGGGUGCCAUCGAGGAUCCGACUACCGUUGUGGAUCCUCGAUUAAGAGUGAAAGGAGUUAAAGGGUUACGUGUGGUCGAUGCUUCCAUAAUGCCUAACAUAGUUUCAGGAAAUACCAAUGCUCCAACAAUAAUGAUUGCCGAGAAAGCUGCAGAUAUGAUUUUAAGAGACAAUUCAAAUAUAUAAACAGAAGCAAUAAUAAUUUAACCGAAACAAUAGUUAUAACAAUUUAUAUAAUUAUGUUAAUUAAAAUU